UCUCGACAAGAUGGAGGACUCUAGUUUGUGCCUUGGCGUGUCCUCAGCGAUCUCGGACGCUGAGAGCCACCUCAGCAGUGCAGUGCUCAAUGGCCGCUACCCCAUCAGCCAGAAACUCCACCAGCUAACCGCUCAGCUGGGCCAUGCAUUCCCCGACCUCCCCAGUCGCCAGCAGAUCCCCGAAGAGAAAGCCGCCACCCCGUUGGACGAGAAGACCCACGCCGCCCUCGCCAGCCAGCCAAUCAGCAGUCAGAUGGCCUUGCUGGCCAAUCAACUGAACCGAGACAUGGAGACGGGUGCCCUGGGAGCCCUGAAUGGGCGCGUCGACCUGCAGCAGUUCCUGAACGGUCAGAACCUGGGCAUCAUGUCGAAGAUGAACGACAUUGAAGACGACGCGCGCAAGAAUCGCAAGUACCCGUGCCCGCUUUGCGGGAAGCGCUUCCGUUUCAACAGCAUCCUGUCCCUGCAUAUGAGGACCCACACUGGAGAGAAGCCCUUCAAGUGUCCCUACUGCGACCACCGGGCCGCCCAGAAGGGCAACCUGAAGAUUCACCUGCGCACCCACAAGCUGGGGAACCUGGGCAAGGGCCGCGGUCGCGUCCGCGAGGAGAACCGCUUGCUCCACGAGCUGGAGGAACGCGCCAUCCUGAGGGACAAGCAGAUGAGAAGCAGCCUCCUGCAGUCUCCACAGCAGACCAUUCCUCACCAGCCACACCUCGGCCCGCAGCAGCAGAGCCACAACCAGCAGCAGCCGGGCUCCGCCUGUGGUCUGCUCAGCCCCACCACCACCAGUCUGGGCGGCACGCCCGACAGCUCCUCCUCCCAGCUGUCCUCCUCCCCGAAGCCGGCCGGCGCCAACAGCCAACAGGACGACCAGGGACCCGGGCCCACCGGCUUCCGCUGCACCUUCUGCAAGGGCAAGUUCAAGAAGCGCGAGGAGCUGGACCGUCACAUACGCAUCCUGCACAAGCCCUACAAGUGCACCCUGUGCGAGUUUGCCGCCUCGCAGGAGGAGGACCUCAUCUCGCACGUGGAGAAGGCCCACAUCACCGCCGAGUCCGCCGCGGGCCAGGGCGACGGGGAGGGCCCCGCGAAGCCCGCCAACGAGUUCCGCUGCGAGGUGUGCAGCCAGGUCUUCAGCCAGGCCUGGUUCCUGAAGGGCCACAUGCGCAAGCACAAGGACUCGUUCGAGCACUGCUGCCAGAUCUGCGGACGCCGCUUCAAGGAGCCCUGGUUCCUCAAGAACCACAUGAAGGUGCACCUCAACAAGCUGGCCAUCAAGAGCAAGCCGCCCGCCUCCGACCACCAAGACAUGACCUCAGUCAGCAACACCAUGAGCAGCCUGGCUCAGGAGGCCCACGCCAAUCUGUACUCCCGCUACAUCUCCUGCCUGCAGGGUGGCUUCCUGUCGCCGGACAAGCAGGCGAGCCUGGCCGAACAGCACCAGAUGCUGACCAAGGCCGGCAUAGCCAUGAAGGAGAAGGAGAUGCUGGGCAAGCUGCUGGGACCGUCGGUGGCCGGCAUGAGCCACGCUCUGGGCGAGAACGAAAAGCGCUCCCUCCUGGGAUGCCUCAACCUGGUGCCGCCGCUCAAGUCCAGCUGCAUGGAACGCCUGCAGGCCGCCGCCAAGGUCGCGGAGAUGGAUCCGCUGAACAGCUACCAAGCCUGGCAGAUCAUGGCGCGGGGCAUGGCCAUGGACCGCUCCUUCAUGCCCAAGGAGCAGCACCACCACGGACACCACGGACCAGAGGAAGACAUGGCCAACGCAGCGGCGGCAGCUGGCUUGGUCAACUUCAACAAAGACAAGCAUGACUACCCUCCCAUCAGCUCGGCUGACAGCCUCAAGCAGAAGCAGCAUGCCGAGGCGAUGCACGGGCUCAAGACCAGCAUGGCUGGAGGCAUGAUGCCCUUGAAGGAGGAAGGUGGAGGAGGUUUCGACGGCGGGCACCGAGAGUUCCUGUCCCACCAUGGCGGUCUGGGCCUGGGCCAAGGCCUCGACUUUGGCCUCAGCAGUCUGAAGGAGAAGCCUUCCGAGUGCCCCGAUUGCGGCCGGGUCUUCAGGACCUACCAUCAGAUGGUGGUCCACUCCAGAGUGCACAAGGACCGCCGCGGGGCCGAAGAGAGUCUCCAGCAGCACAGCACCACCACCACCGGACUGGACGAGCGACGCGGCUCAGCCAGCGACCCGGAGUCCCAGUCCAUCAGCCGAUCGACCACCCCGGGUUCCUCCAACGUGACCGAGGAGAGCGGAGCCGGAGGAGGACACUCCCAGACCGGCAGCGUGCAAGACGACAGCCCCCAUCCUUCCUCUCCAUCCUCAGAUGUGGGAGAUGACCUGACCAAGAGCGUGGGGGCCAUCCAGCCGCCCGCCCCCCAGCACAGGGAGCGUGGCGUGGGCUCGGCCAUGAAGGACUGCCCCUACUGCGGCAAGAGCUUCCGCACCUCCCACCACCUGAAGGUCCAUCUAAGGAUACACACAGGUGAGAAACCAUACAGGUGCCCUCACUGUGACUACGCUGGCACCCAGUCCGCCUCCCUGAAGUACCACCUUGAGCGUCACCACCGCGAGCGCCAGAACGGCAACGGCCCCAAUGCCAACCACCCUCCGACCUCCUCCUCUUCCUCCUCCUCUUCCUCCUCCUCCGAGCACAAGGACGACCACGCAAAAAGUGGCAGCGGCGGCGGCAGCGGCGGUGCUGUCUUCGCCCGGCCCGAUGUCCUGCGCGGCGUCUUCAAAGGCAUGAUGCCCAGCAGCCUGGAUUUCCGAGGUGGCCAGCUGAUGCCACACCAGUGGGCCCCGCCGAGCAUGAUGUCCCCCAGGGAGAGGGAACGCGAGAGGGAACACAGGGAGAGAGAGCGCCACAGCCUGGGUGCGGGCGCGGGAGCUGACGGCCCCCAAUCAGACACGAUGAAGAGCUCAGAGCUCCUGCCGAACUCCGGAGACGGGCCCCCGGCAAGCUUUACCGACUUGGGCAGGGCCUACCAGAGCAUGGUGGGAAACGGCGUGAACUUCCAAGGGUCCCUGCAGGCCUUCAUGGACAGCUUUGUCCUGAGCUCCCUGAAGAAGGAGAAGGAGAUGCGGAUGGAGAGCCAGAUGCAAAACCCCCUCCAGCCGCCCCUUGCUCCUUCUCAGCAGCAGCACUACAACCUGGAGAGCGGCGAGCCCAAGGCCAAGAGAAGCAACACCGGUGGCGGCGAAGGUGUUACCAACAACGGCACCAGCAGCAACCCGGAGAAUGAGAAGCCGGCCUCCGGCGGCAAGCCCUCCUCCGAUGGCAAGUCCCAGUACGAGCCCCUGGAUCUCUCGGUCAGCGUCAGGCCCGAGACGGCCUCUCUGCCCGGCGCCUCCGUCACCAUCCAGGACAACGUGCCGUGGCACGGCUGCCUCUUCUGCUCCUACACCACCGCCUCCGUGGAGCUGAUGGCACUCCACCUGCAAGCCAACCACCUGGGCAAGGCCAAGCGAGGAGGAGGAGGAGGAGGAGGAGGAGGCCUCGAGGGCAACGAAGCGUCCCUGCUGGGCGACCAUGGCCUCGGCGGCGGCAAGGGCCCUCUGGUGCCCCCUCCUCCCCCGUCCCUGCUGCUGCACCACCAUGACGGCAUCUCCCGGGAGAGAGACGUGGACUCCGGCGACAUGAAGAGCCCCUGGUCCAACCACAUGGAGCCGCAGCAGCAGCAGCAGCAGCAGCCGUUGCACAAGACCUCCUUGGGAGACUUCCCCAGCGACUUCUACAAACCGUUUGGCCCCCUGUUCGACGGCUCCGCCCGGAGCUCCCAGGGCCCGCUGGGAUUCCUGGAUCACCACCAGCAGCAGCAGGCGCCUCAGCAGCAUGUGCAGGGUAUGGAAAUGGGCAGACCGGGUGUCGGCAGCAGCGGCGGCGGUGCCCUGGACGAUCUGUCAGACAAGGCCUCCUGUGGAGACAUGGAGGCUUCCAUGGAGGAGCGAGGAGGUCAGUCUGAGGGGGAGGAGCACAGCAGGGAGGAGGAGACCCAUCGUGGCACUCCUGGCUCCACCGGCAGUGCUCCCGCUGAGCGGCCAGCCGGCUUUAACCACCGCGAGGCCGUCGAUGGCGAAGAGGAGGAGGAGGAGGAUGACGAUGAUCGCGAGGCAGGCGACGGUGACCAGGAGGAGAUGGACAUGGGGAUGGGCAUGGGGAUGGAUGACGAUGACGACGAUGACUCCCUUCCCACGCAGGUGCCCCUGCGCAAUGAGUCUCCGCUAUCCUCCAUCAAGGACUCCCUCAGAUCCAAGAGCCUGGCCGGUUCCCAGGGUCUCCGCGGGGGGCCCUCACCCCCACAACCCCCAUCCCUAGACAACCAGUGGCACUCGCCUCCACAGCAGCAGCAGCAGCAGCAGCAGGCGGGAGGAAUGGGUCUCCUGUCCUCUCACGGUGGUGCUGGUGGACCUCCAGGCCUGUUGAAACCAGAGCAGGCCCACAUGGAGCAGCAGAUGAACAUGCUGUCCGUCCUGAGGGCCUACAGCUCCGACUCCAACCUGGGCGGCGCCAGAGGAGGAGCCUUCAACGGAGGCUUGGCCAGCAGUGGCGGCACCGGCGGCGGCAGCGGGCCCAACGCAGGUGGCAAGCGAGGGGACGCACCUGUUCAUCUGUGGGGCACAGAGGAGGAGGACGGUCCUGGGAGCGGAAGCUUCGGUCCAGCGCUGUCCCCCAAACUCAGCCUGGCCGACGCCGAGAUGCACGACGGGUCCCUCAACAGAGACUAACAGCCGUCCCGAGACACACGCUGGGGGGGCGGCCACAGUGACCAUGAUGAUGAUGAUGAUAAUGAAGAUGAUGAUGAAGAAGACGAUGAUGCCGGUGAUGACGAUAGGCCUAAUGACAAUGGUGGUUCGGAUAGAGGCGAAGACAAGACUUUGACUUCAAAACAGACUAUUUAAGAACAAACUAACACACACAGACAUACACACAUACGCACUCACACAACAUGGAUGGAUAGGUGGGCGGAUGGGUUGAACUGAAGCAGCCGUGACGUGGAGCUCCUCUGCAGGGCAAUGCAGAGAGGGCGAGGCCUGCUGACUAUUAGUGGACUGGACACUAUAAUAACAUAAAAACUGUGGGAAGACAAAAAAGACAAAAACAUAAAAAAAACAUAGACUGGCUUCACGGCGCAUUUGUUCAAUGUCUCUUGAAAUCUUUCUUGUAGCCAUAUGUUCUGUGCGGUCUCUGUUUUUUGGCUUUGCCAUUGUGGAAAAAGAGAGAAAAAGCAAAAAAAAAAAAAAAAAACACAAAACAAAACAAACAAACAAAAAUGCUUAAAAAUGACUACCUGCGUGUCCUAUGUCUAUGAGUGCAACACAUUCCUUUAUUCAAAGAUGGACGUUAAGGCAGAGCGGUUUGCUUUUAUUGCCGGAUAUGGAUCGGACCAGAGGGGGGGAGACUGGAGAGCUAGAGUAGGAGUCCUAGCAAGGCCUCCCAGGGACCUCAGCCUCUCCUCGACCUUCAGACUCGACCUUCAGACUCUCUCUGCCUCUGCCACUGGACUCCCCAUCUUCAAGGAGGCCAGAGACAUGAGACAUGACCUUGUCAACACUGCCUGUUUGACACACACACACACACACACACACGCACCUGUUACGCCGGGACGAUUCUGAUAUAGACACGGCUGUUUCCCUUGAGCGCCCACAGCACCCAUCUCCACAUACUGUAAACCCUCCCCAUCUCCAUCGCCAUCCCCUGCCCCCCACCCCUGUCUGUGGUGCAACCGACCUCCUCAGAGCACAGUCUCCACUAGUGGACCAAGCCCCUGCUUGACCUGGGAGACCAAGCACACAGCCCUAUGUGCUCCUAUUCUCCAGGGAGCCCUACCUGCCUCUCUCCCCUGCGGCAUCUCCUCUCAUCCCCCAACACCCUCCUAAGGGCGCCCCACUUCCAGGACACAUGCAGAACCCUCACUCUGACAAUCUGGUGCUUUGUAAGGGGGGCGGGUGGUGGUGGUGGUGGUGAUGGUGGUGGUGGUGGUGGAGGUGUGAUGACACAUAGGUGGAGAUGUUUUUAAAAUGGAGGCUGGAGUAACCAUGGUGAUAUAGAGUCCAUGGUAACGGAAGGGAAAGAAAAAAAGGCCUGUGUGUGGAAACAAAAAAAGAUUGUUGACAUAAUCUCUUUUCACCUUUCCUAAUUAGUGAGUGAUCUAUGUGCUCACACACAGACAUCAAAUGUGCAGUUAGGUGUAAAAUAAAAGCAGUUUAAGAGAAAAAAAGACAGAACUAUAAAAAGUCAGAUUGUAUUCCUUUAAGAGAAAGUACCAAUGUGACAAGAAUAUCUAGUUUACACCAGACUUGUGUUUCGAAUCAACACCGACUGACAUAUUUGAAGGAAAAUAAAUAAAUAAAGAACUAAAGACGAUAAAGAAUGCUAGACGAAACAUGAAAACCACCAUCUUAUUUUAUCUCUCCUGUAAAUGUCAAGGACGAUAGUGUUGACAAAAAAAACAUAGUGUUGAAGAAACAUUUGUAAUAUACUGCCACAGAUCAAUGUUGCAAAGUGUUACUGACUACUGAAAAUGGUUUGAUGUAUUUACUUAUUAAAAAGAAGAAAAAAACGCAGGAAACAAAUAUUGUCUAGCCUUAGAUACAGUCAUCAUCUGUUGUUGCAUCUACAAAGCUAGCUGUUUUAGAUGGUAGCUAUUAGAAUGGAUUUUUUUUUCAAGUACUGUACUUUUUGCCUUCUACAAUGUAAAGAAAAGAAGAAAAAAAGAAAAGAUUGACAAUCUUCUCAUAUUGCUGCAAGCAUAUGCCCAUACAGUAUAUACACAGUAAAUUCUGCAGUGCUCAUUUAACACUUAGAGAGUUGAUUUGACAUCAUUUGGACUCAAAUGAACUCUCUAAGUGUUGAAUUAACACCACUCCAUUUACUAUAUACAUAACUCUCAUACAAGCAUACAUAGAGGGGUUUUCUCUUUGUUUCCUCCAAAAGUAUUUUGCACUGUGAUAGUAAUUCUAAACUCAGUCUAUACAGUACAAAGUUAAAAACUAACUAAAAAUGACAAGUGUGUAUGUGUGUGUGUGUUUUUUUGUGUGUCCCUCGACAUUGUGAAAUGUUUUUUUUUUCCUUCUCCCCCUUGACCACCUCUGUUAUCUUUUGGACAAUGACAAUAUGUCUGUGUGAUCAGUCCACCUAUCUGAUCGACUCUCUUUUUGAUCGAUGAAAUAUCCACGUUUUAUGAGACGACGUUCUCCUCACGCGAAACAGCUCAUGCUACCAUGUACAGAACAGCCACAGUCAUCUGGUGAAAAGAAAAAAAGAAGAAGAAGUGUAGGCCAUGAGCAAUGAACCUGUACAAAAAACUUAGUGUUGGGUCUCCCAUUUCUGUAUUGCAAAUAAAAAAUAAAUAAACAUCUUUUUUUUUCUUUUAUGGCAUAGGCAUUCUUUAGUGUAAGACCUACGGCCCUUCCCAUUACCCCCCCCUCCCCUGGUUAUGAGAAACAGUAAAAGGUAUAAAAAGAUGAUGAUGAAGAAAAUCAAGAUGAUGAAGAUGACGUAGUGUGUUAUUGUAUACUUGGGUGCUGGGUGUAGUGACAGGUUGUUGGGACCCACUAGUGACUAGCCGAGACUGACCAAUCAGAUGCAUCUAUUCCCCUGGUCACAUGGCACAAGCUAGCUGUGUUCCCUCCCAAGCUAUCUCUCUGUCCCUUCCUUCCUUGCUCUAUCUAUUUCUCUCUGUCUAUUCUGACCUCUCCUCUUAACUCUCUCUCCCUUUCUCUCUAUCGCAUUCAUGAUCUCUCUUUCCCUCCGUUCUUCUGUGUAGUUUGCAGUACCCAGGACGAUGGGCCGAAGGUGUAUGCCUGGGUUUGACUAACCCAGCACAUGAGCAUUCCACUCCCCCCUCUCUCCCUCCUCCACCCCCGCC